GCUCAACACCGUGACCUUUGACCCGCCAUCAUGGCGGCCGCGGCGAGUUUUGCACGUGGAUCUCGGCUUUAGAUUUGUUUUUAUUCACUCUGUCCUUCCGACUGGUGUUAAAUCUUCUUUAUCUGGGUGUCAGAGUUUUGUAGAUAACUUUUCCAUGUAGUUAGCAGGGCGUAGAAGGACAAACGGACAUGGAAAAGGUAGAAAUCGACGUAAGAAGCAGCCUUGGAGAGUUGCAAGCAGAAGGGGGGAAGUGCGAACAAGUCGCCGCUAAGUUACUCAAGGAGGGUUCCUCCACACAGACUGUGCUCUCCUCCCUGUCGAAACUCUUACUGGAACCAGCAUCUUCCCUCCCUGUGGCAAGAUGUUUCCGUCCGUUGUUGCUGGAGUUGUUGGAACGGGCAGCGUCAACUGUCCAAGCAUCAGAGACAGCCCCCCUGCUUUAUCACGAGAAGCUGUGUGCAGCUAUUGGCAGGUUAUCUCUGCUGUAUCCUGGUGUACUCAGAUUUGCGGAGCGGUACUUCAGCUGGGCCCCGCCACCCUUCCAAAGACUGGCAGACAAAGCUGAGGAGGGAGAGCCUGUCAGGAAGAAGAAAAAGAGAUCCUCCCAAGGUGAAGAAGAAGGAUCUGCAAAUGUCUGUAAGACGUGCUUCCUAUUACUUUGGUCCGGCGGAGACGUCUUCUCUUCUAAGUGGGACUGGGCCGUGGUCCUGGGGUUGCUAGGCAACAAACACUUGGAGACCAGAUGGUGGGCAGCCCAGUGCGCCAUCCUGGCCCUCUCUCUCACAGAAGCACAGAAAGUCGACCUGCUGAAUCAGCACUUCACCCCCCAGCAGCAAAUCCAGAUGACGCUACAGACGGACAGUCUCACCGAUGUUUUCCACGAGCAGGCGAAGCUGAUGUCAGCCCCUGGACGCGUGGAGACGUCAGGAGAGCUCCUGGUACCGAAACGGACCUCGGUAGACACAGGCGAUCUGAGCGAAUCGGUGGUGUCCGUCUGCGGAAUUUUGCUGCCGACAAGACCAGGUUGUAAAGAAAAGGAAAUGGCUGAUACCCUGGUUCCUGUUCCCUCCACACUGCGCAACCUGCACUGUCUCGCCAUGGCCGUGCUAUCCCAGAAGGCAGUGCUGCUGGAAGGACCUGUUGGCUGCGGAAAGACGGCCCUGGUGGAACACCUGGCACACCUUACAGGUGAGGCAAUUCUGACUGGUUCACCCUACCUGCUGAAGGUGCAGCUCGGAGACCAGACGGACAGCAAGGCGCUGCUCGGAACCUACCGGUGUACCGACGUUCCCGGGGAGUUCGUCUGGCAGCCAGGUGUGCUGACUCAAGCCGUCACCAACGGCAACUGGAUCCUGCUGGAGGACAUCGACUUCGCCCCGAUGGACGUCAUCUCCGUCCUCGUGCCCCUGCUCGAGACCCGGAGUCUAAGCGUUCCUGGCCAUGGGCAGACUGUACGCUGUGCCCCGGGCUUCCAACUCUUCGCUUCCCAGCAGCUUCUGUCAAGUGCCACAGGAUACUUCAAACAGCAUUCAUCAAAUUCCUCCCUGCUGGAUCGGUUGUGGACCCGGAUCUGCGUCGAGCCACUUUCACGAGAAGAGCUGCGAAAGGUCUUGGUCACAAAAUAUCCGAACUUGUCAGGCAUCGCAGAGAAACUACUGGACGUGUACUGCAUGCUGUCGUCGGGGAGGCACGAUUUUGCGGUUGCAAAGGAUGAUGGGAUGGACUGCAGCUCAGCCCCAGAGGAUUCUGGGACGGCGUUGGCCACAGGGCAUGCAUCUGCAGACGGUCGGCUGAUCUCUACACGGGACUUGCUGAAGUGGUGCGACCGGAUCGAGGCAGAUUUCCGAGACACCUCGCUCGGCCAUGCGUCCAGCGUCUUUCAGGAGUCUCUCGACUGCUUCUGUUCGAGUCUAGCUAAACAAGAGCAGCGCAUCCGCAUGGCUGAAGUCAUCGGAGCCAGACUCAACAUAAGCAGGGAGAAGGCAGUGUUCUACAGCACAAAAUACAAACCCAACAUCGACAUCGACGCAUCGUCGAUGACUGUGGGCAGAGCGACAAUCCCAUGUAAGAUCAGAGAUGUGGCGACGAUGCAUAUAGGUGGGAACGCUUGCUUCGCACACACAAGACACGCGGUGUCGUUGCUGGAACGUGUUGCGGUGUGCGUGCAGAGGGGCGAGCCGGUAUUACUGGUGGGAGAAACCGGCACGGGCAAGACGUCCUCAGUGCAGUAUCUGUCAACACAAACUGGCCACACCCUCAAGGUAGUGAACAUGAACCAACAAAGUGACAGCACCGACUUGCUCGGCGGUUUCAAACCAGUCGACAUCCGUUUGCUGGUCAUGCCAGUUAGGGAGGAGUUUGAGGCAGUUUUCUGCGAGACAUUUUCGAGGAGCCAGAACGCCCAGUUCCUGGGGCAUGUUGCGGAGUGCUUCACGAAGCGGCGCUGGCAGGACCUGCUGAAGCUGAUGCUCCACUGCCAGAAGAUGGGCAUGAAGAGGCUGGGAGAACCUCAGGAAGGAGAGAAGACAGAUCUUGUAGACCGGUGGAAAAAGCUGUCGGAAAGGCUUGCCCAGCUGCAGCACCAACUGAAGACAGCAGAGAGCGCUCUUGCAUUUAGCUUCAUUGAGGGCACACUUGUGCAGGCAGUGAGGAAGGGGGAGUGGGUCCUUCUGGACGAGAUAAACCUGGCCACUGCGGAGACGCUGGAGUGCCUGAGCGGAUUGCUGGAGAGCGCGUCGGGUUCCGUGGUGUUGAUCGACCGCGGCGACACGAAGCCGGUAACUCGACACCCCGACUUCCGUCUGUUUGCCUGUAUGAACCCUGCGACGGACGUGGGGAAAAAGGAUCUGCCGCCGGGCAUCAGGAGCAGGUUUACAGAGUUUUAUGUGGAUGAGUUGGAGGAAGUGUCAGACCUGAAAGUGUUGGUGCACUACUACCUGCAGGGCAUAGGGGGCACUGCUGCACAGGUGGAUGGCAUAAUCAGGUUUUACCUGAAUGUGCGGAAGGAGGCGACCAAGAACCUCACCGACACCACGGGUCAUCGACCCCACUACUCGCUCCGCACGCUGUGUCGAGCCCUGCGACAUGCGGCGGGAAAUCCCGCGGGAAGCACGCUGCGCUCGCUGUACGAGGGGUUCUGUCUGAGCUUCCUCAGCCAGCUGGACAGGGCCUCGCAUCCGGUGGUUGAGAAGCUGGUGUGCGACCACAUCGUCGGCAAGAAGAAUAUCAAGGGUGUACUGAAGCAACCCCUGCCCCGGCCAGAGAAGGGCAGACACGCACAGUUCGAGGGCUACUGGAUCACUCAGGGCAGCAAAGAACCUGUAACCUCCCAGGAAUAUGUCUUAACUCCGGCUGUGCGGGCCAACCUACGAGACCUGGCCAGAAUUGUGUCUGCACGGCGUUACCCAGUUCUUCUGCAGGGUGAGACGUCAGUAGGAAAGACGAGUCUGAUCACAUGGUUGGCGCAAGCGAGUGGUAACCACUGUGUCCGGAUCAACAACCACGAGCACACGGACAUACAGGAGUAUGUAGGGUGCUACGCUGUGGACCACACCGGGAAACUGGUCUUCAAGGAAGGUGUGUUAGUAGAAGCGAUGAGGAAGGGACACUGGAUCAUCCUGGAUGAGCUAAACCUGGCUCCUACUGAUGUCUUGGAGGCUCUCAACAGGCUGUUGGAUGACAACAGGGAGUUGUACAUAGCCGAGACCCAGGAAACCGUGAAGGCCCAUCCGCACUUCAUGCUGUUCGCUACCCAGAAUCCACCGGGGCUGUACGGAGGACGGAAGGUCCUUUCCCGCGCCUUCAGGGACCGUUUUGUCGAGCUCCAUUUCGACGAGCUUCCUGCGCGAGAGCUCGAGACCAUCUUGGAACAGCGAUGCAAUCUGCCGCAGUCCUACUGCAAGAAGUUGGUUAAGGUGAUGCAGGACCUCCAGGCCCACAGGAGGAGUACCAGCGUGUUUGCGGGGAAGCACGGGUUCAUCACCCUUCGCGACCUGUUCCGUUGGGCGGAGCGUUACCGGCGAGCCAGCCAGGGUGCCGAGGGCUUCUACGAUUGGGACCAACACCUGGCUGAUGAUGGCUACAUGCUGCUUGCAGGGCGGGUGAGGAGACCCGAGGAAUGCGACGUGAUUCGGACCAUCUUGGAGAAGCACCUCCGCAGGAAGGUCGACCCCGCCCGACUCUUCUCACUGGGCGACGACACGUCACAGGUUUCUGUGGCAACCCCUGAUGGCUUCGGCCACGUUGUGUGGACGUACAACAUGCGCCGGCUGGCCGUGCUGAUCGGCCAGGCGCUGAAGUUUGGCGAAGCCGUUCUAUUGGUCGGGGAGACGGGCUGCGGUAAGACGACGCUGUGUCAGCUGUACGCGGUUUUAUCGGAGCAGAAGUUGUUGGGGGUGAACUGUCACAUGCACACGGAGACGGCCGACUUCCUGGGGGGUCUACGGCCAGUACGCCACAGGAGCAGUGAGGAGGACUCCCAAAAGCUGUUUGAGUGGGUGGAUGGGCCACUGGUGCAGGCCAUGAAGGAGGCAGCCAUGUUUCUGAUUGAUGAGAUUUCCCUGGCAGACGAUUCUGUGCUGGAGCGUCUGAACAGCGUGCUCGAGCCUGGCAGGUCGCUCGUCCUGGCGGAGAAGGGGGGAAGCGGGGAGGGAGACACGGGCGAUGUGGAAAACAUCGUCGCUCGUGAGAACUUCAGGAUCGUGGCAACCAUGAACCCUGGAGGAGACUUUGGCAAGAAAGAGCUUUCUCCUGCCCUAAGGAACAGGUUCACUGAGAUUUGGUGCCCUUCGACCUAUGACCCAACCGACCUGGUGCAGAUAAUAGAGCACAAUCUGUCAGACGGACUGCAACUGUGUAACCAGGAGGAUGGAACCAGUGGAUUUGGCCAUGCCAUGAUGGAGUUCAUCGCGUGGUUCUGCGACCAGGACUUCGGCUGUCGUUACGUCGUCAGCAUCCGAGACAUCCUCUCCUGGGUCAGCUUCGUCAACACAUGUUCUGCAACAGCCGUCGCCAUGGAAACUGUCGCCAUGGAAACUGUUGCCAUGGAUACCGAUACGCACCAGCCGCUGGACCCAGCGUUAGCGUACAUCCAUGGAGCAUGUCUGGUGUAUGUGGAUGGACUUGGGUCUGGUUCCGUGAGCGUAGCCUGGGACCCACAGCAAGCCCAGAAGCAGUGUGUGGAGUUCCUGUGUGCUCAGGUGGAGAAGAAGACGGGUGUGGAAGUCAACAAAGACCAGCUGUUCCUUGUGGAAGGGGACAAGAAGAGGAAACCACAGAUUGUGUCAACUGCAGACAGCUUCGGCAUCCUUCCAUUUACCAUUCGGAAGGGCCCAGUUGCAGACGCCCAGCUGACCAGCUACGCCCUCCAUGCCUCCACGACGGCGCUGAACGCCCAGCGCGUGCUCCGAGCCCUGCAGCUGCCCCGCCCCGUCCUGCUGGAGGGAUCCCCUGGGGUGGGGAAAACCAGCCUGGUCGCCGCCAUCGCUAAAGCGUCGGGCCACGAGCUGGUCAGGAUAAACCUAUCAGAGCAGUCUGAUGUUUCGGACCUGUUUGGGGCAGACCUGCCCGUGGAGGGAGGGGUCGGAGGUCAGUUUGCCUGGAGAGACGGACCGCUCCUGUCCGCACUGAAGGCCGGCAACUGGGUUGUGCUGGAUGAGUUGAACCUCGCUUCCCAGUCAGUCCUGGAAGGUCUGAACGCCUGUUUUGACCACCGCAGGGAAGUGUUUGUGCCGGAGCUGGGAAGGUCGUUCCAGGUGCAGCACAGCAAGACCAAGUUCUUCGCUUGCCAGAACCCGCUGAACCAGGGCGGGGGCAGAAAGGGCCUGCCAAGGUCAUUCCUCAACAGGUUCACUCAGGUGUAUGUGGAACCUCUCAGUUCCUCCGACCUUCACUUCAUCCUCUGCACCAUGUUUUCGACCUUGGACAAGGUCAUGCUGUCCAACAUGGUUGCCUUCAACCAGCAGCUGUACCAGGACACGGUGGUCAAAGGUCGCUGGGGUCAGCAGGGAGGACCAUGGGAGUUCAACCUCAGGGACCUGUUCAGAUGGUGUGAGCUGAUGUUGGCCAAUCAGGCCUCUGGGAUGUGGGAUCCUGGAGAACAUGUCAGCCUCAUCUACUCUGCCAGGAUGAGGUCAACCAAGGACAAGGACACGACCUUGCACCUGUACAAGAAGGUCAUGCAUGUGGAUGAGAUGGCCCAAGGUCAAAGCCUACCAUACACCUGUAGCAGGGUGUUUCAUCUAACACCAUACAGCAUACAGGUUGGCCACAGCAUCCUGCCCAGGUGCCUGUCUGGACUGCACACCUCUGCCAGCCCUUCCUGUAGCUUACAGCUCCUCCAUCAGGCACUGGGGGCCUUGGAGGACCUCAUGAUGUGCAUCAAGAUGAACUGGAUGGCCAUUUUGGUCGGCCCCCACUCCUGCGGAAAGACAUCACUGGUCCAGCUCCUUGCCCAGCUGACAGGCCACCAGCUACAGGUCCUACCCGUCAACAGCUCCAUGGACACCACUGAACUCCUCGGAGGUUUUGAGCAGGCAGAUAUUGGCAGGCCGUGGGAGAAGCUUGUCUCCGUUGCCACGGAGAUGGUGAAGGACACAGCAAGGAGGCUGGUGCUGGAGGCUAAAGGUCAGAGGUCUAAGGCCACCCAGGAUGCAGCAGGGCUACUGAAGAUGUGGGAGAACUUUAAGAAGCAGUGUGAGACAGGUUCUAUGGAGGAAGGAGAAUCAAACAACAACUCCAGCCUGACCUUGGAGAAGUUCACAGCUUUUGAACAGCUGCUGUCUCGUCUAGAGGGCAUCCAAGGACAGCAUGGGCACAGCACAAAUGACCUUGCUGUGCUGCAGGCUGAGCUUCAAGAGUUGAAGGUGAAGUUUGAAAAGCUGUCAUCAGGCACAGACAGUAAGGGGACGUUUGAGUGGAUUGACAGCAUUUUGGUGCAGGCACUACAGACUGGGGGCUGGCUGCUGGUGGACAACGUCAACUUCUGCAGUCCGUCAGUCCUGGAUCGUCUGAACGCCCUGCUGGAGCCAGGCGGGGUCCUCAGCAUCAGUGAGAGGGGCGUGAUUGAUGGACAGGUGCCAGUCAUCAAGCCUCAUCCAGACUUCAGGUUGAUACUUGCUAUGGACCCAGUUCACGGGGAGAUCUCCCGUGCCAUGCGGAAUCGCGGGGUGGAGAUCUACAUGACGGGAGAGCAGGAUCGCUAUGGUAACCAUGGUGAUAACCAUGGCAACCUGGACCCCGAGGAUGUGAUGUCGCUGUUGCAGGGCGCAGGGUUGGUGGAUGAGGGGGCGUGUCAGCAGCUGGUCAGGGUUCACCAAGAGGUCAGGGAGCAGGUCAAAGGCCCAGAGAGCUGUUCUGUACCAGAGCUGCUGCAGGCUGCAGUGUUGACUGUACAGGAACUGCAGCAGGGGGCUGGGCUGUCCGCAGCCCUACUGCAGGCAGUCACUCAGGUGUACGUCAGCACGCAGAGGACUCUCAGCAACAGACAGCUGGCACAAAGUAUAAUUGAGAAGCACCUCAGCCUCGAUGGUUGUACCACGGACAGUGCAGAUGAGAAGCGUACAGAUAUGGCUCCACUGUUGAGGACCCACAAGCUGCCUUCUGCAGCAGAACUGAGUGCCUGUACAAGUCUCAGCACCAUCAAGAGGCAAGGGGCGGUGUUAGUCGGUCUUUUUCAGCAGCUUUCUUCAGCACUAGAGAAAGGAUCUGAGCCUUCUUUGGAUGACAAAACAAUACAGGACCUUUUCACGUCUGCAGCCCUCCAGGAUGUCUUCAGGCAUCCAUUGCUGUAUGACCUUGUGGAGUGUUCCAAGGUCAUUCUUUCCAACAUGGCUGACCAGAAGAACCUGCAGUGCUACUCAUACGACAUCAGAUGGAACAUGCAGUUCCUGCAGUACGUUCUAAACGCUGCAGUCAGACAGGAACAUGACAAGGUCACGCUCAAAGGUCAUUGUAAGGAACUGUUCUCAUUAGCCAACCGGUUACAGCUGGUUUCUCAGCACAGGAGAAGACAGAAGGAAGAAGAAUCUGUCCUUGAGGCAGUUGUGAAACCAAGGUCAGCGCUUGACAUGUCUGCAGCUGUGCACAAGGGGAUACUGACGGUCGACGCCCUCCCCAGCACUGCCUUCAUCCACUUGCUUCCAUUCUUCAAGGAAUUUGAUGCCUUCUUGGAGGAGUGCAUCAGUCAGAAGGAGACACUGAGUGAUGAAAAUCUGUCUAUGGUUGAGGUCGGCCUUCAGUGGCGGGACAGGUUCUGGCAGGUGUGUACCUGCCAUGUGGACGUACAGCAGGUGUCACUGGGCAUGCUCAGUCUGCACUGGGGGUGGGUCUGCAGGAAGACUGUACCAACUGUCGGGCUUCUCACAACCCAGGACAGCCUUCCUCUGGCACUGCAGACAGUCCUGAGCCAGAUAGAUGCAGGAAUGUCUGGCCUACCUCUGACCCUUCAGACUGUCAUGAAUCAGCUGCAGGAUUGUCUGGGCCAUGACAGGGCAGCUGCACUGGUCCAGCUGGCUCUGUGGGGGGCCAUGGGGCAUCCUGCCUCCUUCAGCACGGUCAAGGUCGCAGAACUGGUGGGGAGAUGUCACAAGGUCGCAGACUGCUUAGAGGUCACAGGAAACAAGCAGAAGCAGUUAAGAAGCUGUGACCUUGAGAGAAGAGUGGUGUUCCAAGUGACCCAGGGGUCAUCUGUUGGAAGGUCAUUGGCAGAGCUGCUGGUGAGGCUGCAUCAGCUGAACACAGUUGGGUCAUCAGAGAUAGUUACAGAUGUGGAGGGAGCUAUAGAGGUCAUGGAAGCUGAGUUGAGAGCCCAUGGACUGUUGUUGACCUCUGACCCUGUUGCCAUGGAGACAGAAUCAGCACCACACCCUGCCCCAGCUGACCUGGUGACCAGAGUUCAGAUGUGGCCGCUGCUGGAGCACUCCAGUCUGCUGGCCGAGCUGCAGCUGGUCACAGACUUGAUCAGACUAAGACUAUCGCGAACAACAAGUGGCAGCUCAUUUCCCAUAGAAGAGACCCAGCAGAAGGUGGAGAGUUUCCUGCAUUACAACACAACCCACCUGCCUACCAGCCCACUGCAGACAGCACUGUACCAAAUACUGCAGCAGAAUGGGAACAGCAAUGCCAGUCUGGUGAAAUACUUGACAGAGCAGGUCUCCUCCCUGGUGCUGCAGUUCCACAACAGGUGCUGGAGCAGUACGGUGACCUCAGACCUCGCUCAAUGGUUGUCAUGGAAACCCAGGAACCCCUCAGCUGAAUCAGAGGAAGAGGCUCUGCAAAGUUUGGUUGAAAUUCCUGGCAGCCUGAAGGGCCCCGCUGCACUCCUGUCCUCUCUCCACACCCCAGCUGUGUUCCAUGUCCUCUGGGAGGGAGGGGCCCAGACAGGACCCAUUCAGCUGCCCAGUGUAGCCCUGGGACAGUGCCAGGAAAAACUGCAGCAGCUCCAGAGGCUGUCCCAACACCUCUGGUCUAAUGCCUGCAGCUUGAAGGAUCCUGGUCAUCAAUUUUGGGUUUCAGACAGGAGGUACCUGUGUCUGUGCACUGCCCAGCUGCUCCAAGCCCUGACUGCGCUGAUUCCUACUGAGAGACAUCCAGAAUGGGUUUCCAUAGUAACAGAUGUAGCCAUGGCAACAGAGAAAGCCUCCUCUCCUGUGGUGGACAGAGCUAGGGAGAUUCUCACUGACCUUGUUCAGGAUGAUCUUACAUCCCAAGCCACCUGGAAGGAACAAACAACUUCACAGAACCUCCUAAUCCACCAGUCCACCCUGAACCUGCUCACCACCUGCCUGCAAAGUCUGGAGGACAUGGUUCACCAGGACGUCAGGGAACGGGGUAGAGAGGAGUGGCGGUACAGGAGGGAACGUGGUAGCACCUGGGUGCAGCUGGGCUUGCUGCAGGUGCAGCUGCUUGCACCACAAGGUCCUGUGGACCCGGCUGAGAAACAGGCGGUCAAGCUGGGCUAUGUCAGGGAGGAGAUCCGUGCCCUUGAGACAGAGCUGAAGGUCAGGAACAUGUCCUCCCAGCUUCUGACCGGACGACCUCUGGACCUGACAAAGGUCGGACUGCGGAACCUUCACCCCAGGGUCGGGUUCUUAGUGACCAGGCUGGAGCAUCUCAAGGAGCAGGAGAAGGAACUGGGGACCAGGGUGGCUACCAGGCCAUCGCCCUCACAGUUUGAUGCGAUUCUGAGGGAUGUCCGCCACUACCAGAGCAGUGUGGGCUCACAAGACACUGUCCUGGCUCUGCUGACAGGCCUGGCCAACGGUGGGGAGGGCAAACUCAUGAAGGGACAGCACAACAAGUUGAGGAGUCUCCUGAGCCAGGAGCAGGCGUGGCAGACGUCUCAGCACCAGUUCCUUAGACACAUGCAGAGGGACUACCCCAUGUACGCCGACCUGCUCACCCCCUUCCUCAGUGGUAUAACCCAGUGGUAUGACCCAGGUAAGCUACCUGCUCUCACCCCCUUCCUCAGUGGUAUAACCCAGAUGGUCCAUGGGAUGCGGCUGGCAGCCAGCGCAGUGUACAUCUCCCUACAGAGGAGCAGUCUGGACCUGACCCUCUCACCUACGUUGAAGCUCCAGACUCCAGAAAACUUGAUCCGAUGCCUUGGAAAGUUCCCACAUGUCUCACCAGAGUUCCCCACAGUGCUAGACCUCGCCCGUGCGCUGUGUUCUCCCGAGGCGGCAUCUCUGGCAAAGAAUGUGGCAAAGCUGCAGACAGUAGAGGGGACGCAGCUUUCUGACAAGGCUGUGGAAAGCCUGUUACAGCCAGCCCUGCUGCAUGUGAGGAACCACAGUCUGCAGACAGGUCAGCUGACAGGCCCAACCCUGCAGCAGCUGCGGCACAUCCUGCAGUCGUACGUUCUGCGGUGGCAGGAGGGCAGGGAACAAGACAAGGAGAAGGAACAGGAGGAGGCCAGCCUGUACAAAUGGAAGAGUAAGACUCAUGGUGAUUCGCUGACUGAAGAGCAGCAGGAGGAGAGAGAAAUCAGACAACAGUUCCCAGGAUAUGAAGAGGCAUUUGGUGACAUCACAGCUGAACCAACUCUCGGUGACGACGACGAUGAUGAUUCCAGCAAAGCCUCUGAGGAGGCCCCUGCCCCAGUGCAUGAUGGGAAACUAUCCCAUGAUGCUAUUCUGCAGAUAUGUGAGGUUCACCACAGCUUGUACAGCAGCCUGACAUGGAUGCUGUGGUUGGACGACAAGAGGGAACUGACAGCUGUCAAUCAUGUAGAGCCUUUCCUGAUUGGCUAUCAGACUGCAGCAGAGCUUUCCAGACCUCUUCUUGGACAAUUAGACUGCAGGUUAGAUGGGGACCUUGUCGGAGGUCACAUGGUGGUCAGCGGGCUGCUGCAGGGCAAACUGAAGGUGCUGGAAACUGGUGCUGAAGACAGCAAGACCACGCCCCAGCAGAGCAGACAGUAUGACAUCUAUCAUGACCCCAACAUCCCUGAGGUUCUGCAGUGCAGAACGCUGCUGGCAGGUGUGACAGUCCGGACAGAGGAGCUGCUUGCCCAGUGGCCUGAUCACCCAACUCUCAAACAGAUUGCACAGCUGGUGGAGAGACUCCUGUCCUUCCCUGUGACCAGCCCCCUCAUGAAGUUCUUGACUGGCCUGGAGCUGCUGCUCAAGAAAGCACAGGAAUGGGAGAACAAUGCCAGCAGAGAGGUUUCCAUGACAACCCAGCUGGAGGCCAUCAUGCAGAUGAUCAUCCAGUGGAGGAGGCUGGAACUCAGGUGCUGGUCCCACUGUCUGGACACCUGUACCCAGCAAGCCGCUGAGACGGCCAGGACAAAAUGGUGGUUCCACCUGUAUCAGCUGGUCGAGAGCCAGCUCUUCCCAGAAGCCUCUUCUUCAGCAAACAGUGAUGAGGCAGCCCACACUACGGGAGAGUUUGUGUCCAGUCUGAAGCAGUUUCUGGAGUGUUCCAGUCUUGGCGAGUUCCCCGCCCGACUUCAGAUGGUUCAAGACUUCCACUAUCACGCUGCAUCGGUGGCAGACAGCCAACAGCAAGCUGUUGUUGCCAAUGUGCUGUGGAACCUUCACUGCUACUAUCACCAGUUCCUUCCAACUGUCCAAGACACCAUCAAGGACCUCCGGGCUCCUGUGGAGAAGGAACUCAAGGGUUUUGUGAAGAUCGCUCGCUGGAGCGACCUGAACUUCUGGGCCAUGAAAGACUCCGUGGAGAAAACCAGGCGGACCCUGCACAAGUACAUCAGGAAGUUCAAGGAAUCCCUGGGGAAAAUGGCCAGUUCUGUCAUGACUUCAAACAUCUUGGAAACAGAUGUGCCAGUGAAGCAAGUGGACAAAACAAAACAAGACAUCAUUCCAGUCAGCAACUUUGUUGCACCUGAGGGGUUUCAGGCAUACUUCCAGCUAACCACAGGGUUAUCCAGUGCCCUAACCCUUGACCCGGAGUCACUGCAGCCACGCCUACCCUCCCUGACCUCUGACCCGGGGUCACUGCAGCCACGCCUACCCUCCCUGACCUCUGACCCGGGGUCACUGCAGCCACGCCUACCCUCCCUUUUCCUCCGCAUGAGGAGACUGUGCAAACAGACUAUGGACAAGGCCCCAUACCCUGCGCUCAUCUCCACUGUCGACGAGUUCGCAGGUGAAAUUGCAGCAACAAUAAAGGAGUUACAAUCACUGGAUGUUUCAAAGACGUCUGACAAAGACAAGCAGAAGUCAGAAGUGAAACACAUCCAACUGAGAAAGAGGAAGUCUCUGUCAGAGUUGUUCAAGUAUCUGGGAACUAUAGGCCUGUCCUACAGAAAAGGUUUGGGUUGUCUAGCUACAAGUGACUUAAAUGAGGCCUUGCUGACACCAGCACUGAACGUGGCUGCAACCUGUGCACAGGUGAUAGGGGGUGCCUCUGACAGUUCCAGACUGUGUCAUGGCUGGGAGGGCUGUGAAAAAUACUUCUGGCGCUGCGUGUCCCGACGAGCAGCCAUGCACGCUGCCAUGGCAACGCCCGCCAAGGACCUGGGCGGAGCCAACAUCGACAGGUGUAAAGGGUUCAGUGAACACCUGCUGACGGUCAUGGUGGCACAGAGGAGGCACCUGGCCGACAUGCUGGGGAAAUGGGCGUGGCUCAGGAUGAUGUUGUCAUCCCUGGAAAGUCUCCGCUCCACAUUACAUGAAGGUACCGUGAAGCCUGCCCUCCCACCACAGCAGCAGACUUUCACAUGGCUACAGAUGCUGAAGGCCCUUUUAGACAGGUGUGCCUCCUGUCUGGACCAGUUCUCCAUCCUCCUCCAGGCUUGUCCUGCUGCUCCGGAGGGGAACAUCCUCCUGCCCCCCUCCCCCCUGCAUGCCGACCAAUUACCAGCAUCUGCAGGCAUGAGGCUUGGGGACAGCGGACACCAAGAGUGCUGUAACAGGGUCAAGGAAUGUGCUAGUGUCGUUCAAGACUUGAAAACAAAGGUGGACUUGAAGACAUUUGAGCUGGACAGACUAGACACUCAGCUUGUAUCUUGGGAUGUAUUUGGUCUGGUGGACACAGGAUUCCAGUCCCUCACAAGCCUUCAGUCAAGCCUGUUGUGCAUAGAGGCCAAAUUCAGCACCAAGGACAGGACCAUAGAUUCCAGCAUCGGUGAUUGCAGCAUAGAGUUUGGCACAAUGGACAGCAACACUGAAAUCAGCACCAGAGACAGCAACUCUGAAGUCAACACAAUGGGCUGCAAAACUGAAAGCAGCACAGUGGACAGCAGCUUUGAAAUCAGCACCAUGGACAGUGCUCACAGGACAGGCCUGGCAGACUGUCUAACCCAACUUAGAGUGGGGCUUACAAAGAAAUGUGCUGAGUUUGGGGAGUGGAAGUUGACCAGUGGAGUUGGAAAGAGUGUGGACUCUACUGAUGUCACCAAUGUUGACAGCUGUGUGGAGAGUUUUACUGAAGAGCGUGACUCGACGGUGACAGCUCUACUUCUGGCAGUCCAGCAUUUGUUCAAGUCUGUCACUAAGGAAGAAACCGAAGAGGAAACAGAUGCAACGGAGAUGGAAGAAGAUCUGUCAUCCCAUCUUCAAGAAGGCUUGGUUACCAGACUAUUAGAAGAAGGCCUCCAGCAGGACUGUACCACUUUGAACAUGGGGAGGGUACAGGACAGCAUGACAGCCCUGGUCACUAGAGUUCGAAAUGCACAGGACCAGGAUGAUAAAAGGGAUGCAGAUGCCUGUGUAUACCUGCUGCUGAACCUGGUUCCCAUGCUGCACCAGUACAUUGCCAUGACUACCUAUUACUUGACCUUGAGGUUGACCUCCCACCGUGCCACCUGCAAGCUGCUGUCCAUCCUGCUGGGGCUGUUCUCUGAUCUUGCCAGCAAGGGUUUCUGCCUGCCGGCUGAGUUCAGCGAUGAGAUGGGAGGCGAGGGUGCCACACAGUUCGAGGACAUCGAGGGAGGAGGAAUCGGGGAGGGGGAGGGAGCCAAGGAUGUCAGCGACCAGAUCGAAAAUGAAGACCAGCUCCAGGAUGCCCAGAAGCCCGACCAGGACCGUGAGGACCAGGACCCUGACCAGCAGCCAGAUGUGCAGGAUGAGCAGAAUGCUAUCGAGAUGUCGGACGACUUCGACGGCAAGAUGCACAACCUUGAACCUGAAGAGGGAGAGAAUUCUGACUCUGAAGAAGACGAGACCAACGAGAAUGAGCUGGACAAACAGAUGGGAGAUGUGGACGGGGAGGGAGCGGAGAAACUAGAUGAGAAACUCUGGGGAGAUGACAUGGAGGAGGAGGAGGAACAACCCGAGUCUGAGAAAGAAGAACAUGGGAAAGGUGAUGAACAGGAAGAGGAUUCCAGGAUUGUAGCCAAGGACGACAACAAAGAAGAAGGUCAAGACAAAGACAAGAAGGAUGACCGACAGAACAAACAAGAGGAGGAAGAAGGAGAAGGGGAAGAUGAUGUCCAGCCUCAUAACCUGGAGGAGCUGGAUGAGAGAGAAUAUGAUGAGAAUGAGGUUGACCCUUACCAUGGCGACGACCAGGCCCCGCCCCCUGAGCCUGAGGUCAUCGACCUGCCUGAAGACAUGGAGUUGGACAAGGAAGAGGGAGAGGAGGACACUGACCCCUCCAGCCAGGAGUACAAGCAGGACAAAGGAGUAGGGAUGACACCAUCAGAUCAGGAUGGGGGGGAAAGCGGCGUGACAUCCACUGCGGUGGCCCCAUCUGAUGACAGGAGGCGACAGCAACCCAGCAAGAGGAAGCCAGGACAGUCGGACAUUGAUCGCAGCGUGGGGUCGAAUGAGGACACCGUGCACAAGCGACUCCGGACCAUGGAAUCAGCGGGGGAAACUCAGGAAGAGGAAAGGGAGACCAAAAAUGAGUCAGCUGAUCUGUAUGAACACGUGAAAGACGCAGAGGCCUCCUACGACACGCAGACGUUGGACGCAGCCACUCGGGAACAGACGGAAUCCCAGCAGCCUCCAGUGCUAACAGACUCAGAGGGAGAAGAGGAGGAGGGAGAGAUGGAGAUGGAGGAUCUGCUCAAAGAUGCAGUAGAGAAAGAGGAGGAACAGAAGGGGAAGGCUCUUCCAUCAGCCGUCCUCCACCCCCAGCCUCUGGACCAGGAUAAGCAGGAGGAAGGAGCAGAGGGAGAUGGGGAGGGAAGGGAGGAUGGAGAUGACAAACAGGGAGGAGAGGUGAAGGAGGAGGAGAAAGAAAGGAGACUGGAGUCCACCAUUCAUACUGUACGAGAGAUGGAUGUACAGGCUGGACAGCCUCCUACCAGCACGGCUGACCUUGAAGAGCUAAGGUCACAGUUGGAACAUCAGCUGGUGGACCUGAGGCAGAAACCUCAAGCAUCAGCAGAAGAGACCAGACAGGCAGUGGAGGCGUGGCAGGGGUAUGAGAUGCUGACAUCAGGGUUGGCUCGUGAGCUGUGUGAGCAGCUCAGGCUCAUUCUGGAGCCAUCACAGGCUACCAAGCUCAAGGGAGACUACCGGACGGGAAAGCGGCUGAACAUGCGGAAGGUCAUCCCCUACAUCGCCAGCCAGUUCCGCAAGGACAAGAUCUGGUUACGCCGCACCAAGCCCAGCAAACGCCAGUACCAGAUCAUGUUAGCCGUGGACGACUCCCUCAGUAUGGCCGACAACCACUCUCAACAGCUGGCGUUUGAGUCCCUUGCAGUGAUGAGUAAUGCCCUGACAUGGCUGGAGGCAGGAGAGCUGGGGGUCUGCAGCUUUGGGGAGCAGGUCCAGUUGCUGCACCCGUUUGAGGAGCAGUUCUCCUCCCAGUCUGGCGCUAAGAUCCUUCAGCGCUUCACCUUCCAACAGAACAAGACUCAGAUAGCUCAGCUUCUCGAGAGCAUGACAGCCAUCAUGACGUCGUCACGGCGACGGCUCCACUCCGUCAGCGCCCCGGAGACAGCCCAGCUGCUCCUGGUGGUGUCCGACGGGCGUGGCCUGUUCCUCGAGGGGUCAGAUAAGGUCAAGGCCGCCGUGCGUGCUGCCAGGGAGGCCAACAUCUUCCUGGUGUUUGUUGUCAUCGAUAACCCAGAUAACAAGGACUCCAUCCUUGACAUCAAAGUGCCAAUCUUCAAAGGACCAGGAGAGAUGCCAGAGAUCCGUCCGUACAUGGAUUACUUCCCCUUCCCGUACUACCUCAUCCUGAGAGACAUCAACGCCCUGACCCCCACCCUCAGCGACGCGCUGAGGCAGUGGUUCGAACUCGUCACUGCUGGGGACUUGUAGGAGUCAGCUUGGAACGAAGGAAUGAAUUGAUGAGUAAAACGUGAAGGAAUGAAGAGUUGUGAUUGGGGAGCAAUGAACAUUACUCCUCAUUCAUUUUCAGGCUCAUUACGCUUCUUUGUUCCCUUCUAUAUCCUGAUGAGAGACAUCAACGCCCUGCCCCCCACCCUCAGCGACGCGCUACGGCAGUGGUUCGAACUCGACACGGCAGGCGACUUGUAGGCAUGGAAGGAAGGAAGCAAUGGGUAAAAA